AUGUCCGAAGUCCUGCCGUCCGCUGUUCCUGAUAAGCAGCAGGAUGAUCCCAAGAAAGUCUGGGGCGCUGCUGGCAAAUCUUCUCAAGAACCUGGAAUCCAAGGCCCCGGAGCUUCUGCUACCGCACCUGAGAAACCAAAGCCGCAUGCGAGUAAAGUCUUAAACAAACUGGACCCACGGCAAGAUUCGGAUAUUGUUGAGGCGGAACGCAGAGGCGAAUUUGGCAAUACAGACGCCAAGCCGGGUGUUUCGAAGUGA